AUGUAUAAAUUGGAGAGAUUGGAAUACUUGAUAGUAGUUGUUUUCACUUGUUUAGAAUUUAGGAUUAGAUAAAUAAUCAAUUGUAUUUUAUAUAAUAUGAUUGUGUUGAUUUUGAGUAAAAAACAAUCAAGAAAUAUGUUUAAUUUUUAGGUUAGAGAUGGAAGUGAUUUUAAAGAAGAAAUACCAAUUAAUGAAGUAUCAUAUGAAUUUAUUUGGUAUUUUUAAGGAUUCAUAACAAUUCCUUCAUUAAAACAAGUUAUUAUAUAUAUAGGUGAAAAAAACACUUAAUUUUUUUCAAAAUCAAUUGAAUUUCUUUAAGAUAGAAUAAAUUCUAAUUUAAUAAUUGGAGGGGAUUUCAAAGUAAGUUAGAAUUCACCACUUUAUACACUUGAAAAUAGUUUACUUUCGUUUUAUCCAGGAAAAAUAACAUAUCUAAUUAAUACUUAUUUAAAUGAGCCUGACUAUUUCAUAGAGAUUAUUAAUGAAGAUAUUGAAAGGUACAGUGAGUGUUAAUAAAAUCCAAGAACUGAUAUAGGUGAUUUUUUCAUAUAAAAAUAAGAUUUAUCUUAAUUUGUGUUCUAACAAAUAAAUAAUUAAGAAUUUUUAUGAUAAAGUUGGAUAAAAAUUAAAGAAAUUUAUUCAUACUAGGAUGAAUUUUAUUUUUAGUUGUUUAAAUUAUCAAGCAAUUUUAAUAAUCCAAAAAUGAUCUCAGAAAAUUUAUGCUAAUUUUAGUUAUUUUACAAGAUUUCAUCUUAAGGAAACCAAAUCAUCAUCACAACAUAUAGUUUUACAUUUCCGGUUGUUAAUAUUGAUUUUUCAAACAAUCCCUUUUUAAAGACAUAAAUAUUUGAUAUAGCUUGCGAUAUCUAAUUAUGGCAUUAUAUCUUAGUAAAAAAGACAGAAACUUCUAUUUCAAUUUCAAUAACAUUUUACUAAGGUUUAGAUCAAAUAAAAUUAAAUAUGGGUUUAGAAGAAAAUCAAUUUAAUAUGGUUUAAUUUAAAUUGCUUUCUGGUAAUAUUUUAUAAUCUAAAUUAAAUUAUUUAAAUGUAUAAAUUGUAGGUUUAAAGCUAUUAAAUUGUCCAGAAAGAUAUCAAUCAUAUAUUAAUUGUCAUCCUUAUUGUAAGGAAUGUGAUGGUCCAACAAAAAAAGAUUGUGUAUCUUGUUUUGAAUCAUCAAAUAGGUUAUAUUUAUCAGAUUUUAAAGAAUGUAUCUGUGUAUAUGGAACAAUUGAGUAGGACGAUCAAUGUAUCAAUUAUGAAGCUUUAUAAUUUGACUUAAUUUAAGAAACACCAUUAAAAGAAGAAUGCCUAUAUGGAUUUUUCGAAUUAAAUUAUGAAUGCUAUUAAUGGUAUUAUUAUAUUGUAUAUAAGUCCAUCAAUAAUCAACAACAAUGUUAUAACAUGUUUGGAAUGUGUAUAAAAUCCUAAAUAAUGGGGUCAAAUUCUUAUUUGUUAAACAAUAUUAUCGACAGAUAAGAAUGGAAACACUUCAAACUACUUAACAGACCAAAAAUUGCAAUAUAUUUUAGUAGGAAAUGAUGUACAAUACUGUCCUGAUUGCAAUUCAAUUAAUCCAUCAUAAGUUGAUCAAGUUGAAUCGAUAUUUAAAUUUAAAAGAUUUUGUUAAUCAAUACAGAAUGGUUGUUAUUCAUGCUCAGAAUUUUGUCUAAAAUGUUAACCUAUUUCAACAAAUUUAAAAUGUUUAAAUUCAUAAGAAAUAUAUUUUCCACCUUCUUUUUUUUUGAAUGAAUAAAUUUGUGAACCUCCAAAUUUUGUAGAUUUUUAUAAAAAAUGUGUUACUUGCAAAAUCAAAAACUGUUUAUAUUGUUUUAAUUAUUUAGUAAGUGAUCCUACAAAAACUACUUUAGAGUUUCAUCAAGAUUAAACUAUAAUAGAUGAAGAGAUUAAAGAAGGUUGUGCAUAAUGUAAUGAGGAAUUUGUUUUUGAUUUCAAAAUAGGAUAAUGCAUUUUAUAAACACCAUCUUAAUAAAAUUGUUUAAGAGCUUAUUAAUUUAGACGAUAAAGAAAUUUGCACAUUAUCCUUAAUUAAUAAUUUCAGUUUUGCUUUAGAAAUAAUAAAUUGUCAAAUUCAUCUUUUAAAUUGUUUACAAUGCAUCAUAACUCCAUAAAAAACUACAAAAUGUUUAAUUUGUGAGAUGGUUUUUUAGUAUCAUCCAAUUUAGGAAUUUGUAUAAAAUGCCCUGCUGAAUUUGCAAAAUAAUGUUUUGAAGAGAAUAAUUUAGAACCUUGGAAAUGGUUAAUAUAAAGGUUUUGUAAUUCAAUACUUACCUAAUUCAACUUUAUUUCAUGGUUAAUUAUUAUUAAAUUAAUAAAAUAAGUAAAAUAUUUAAUUCAUUUUUUUCUUUCUAAUAUAAUAAGACCAAGGUUUUGGAAACUUAAUGUAUAAAAGGAUAUGAAAAAAUACAAUACUUUUGCACAAAAUAUUGUGAUGAAAUGUGUUCUGUUUGUGAACCUAGUAACAUUUCAAGAAAGUUUUUUUGUUCUAAAUGCAAAUUAAAUUAUUUCAAAGAACCUUUAAGAGUACAAGUUGAUGGAAAAUGUAUUAAUUGUCCAUUUUUAUGUCAAGUUUGUUAAGAGAGAUCAAAUGAAGAAAUUAAUGUAAUGUAUUCUUAUUAUCAUAGGCGAUAAAUCCAUAUUUUAUAAUAACGCCUGAUAAUAUUAUUUACACUUUUAAAUGCCUUUAGAAAAUACCUUCUUAAUUAGUCCAAAUCGAUCAAAACUUAAAAAUUGCAUAUUUUUGUUAUUAAAACAAUUGUAACUACAAUUUAGAAUUGAAUUAUGUAUUUAUAAUAUUUUAUUAAGGGGGAUUUUUAUUGCAAUUAUUUGGAUAAUAUCCAAUUUGAUUUAAGUAAAUAUUAUAAUUAUCAAUAUUUCAAUGAAAUAGGGCUUAAAUAUAUUAUUUUAACACUUCUACUACCAGAAUACUAUUGUGAAAUUUACCAAUCUGAAUACUUUAUUGAUAAUACUUUCAGAGAUAAGAUAUUUUCAAUGUAAUAAACAAAAUUUAAAAUUCAGGGCAGAUCAAAUCCUAUAUAUUUAAUGACUGAUCAAUUUAAAUUGUCAGUUUUAAAAUAUGAUUUUAUAAUAUUAAAUCACCUUAAUUUUCUGAUAUAGAAGGAGUUGGUUUUAAUAUGUGAGAAUAGAGACUUAUCUGUUGAUUUAAAGAUAGUUGAUACACAAUUUUAUUCAAAUACAAAUUCUCCAAUCUAUUUGUCUAUUAUAGGAGAGAGCUUCAUUAAUGUAAAUAUAUAAAAUGUUUCAAUCUUUAAUAUUAGUAUUGAAAACUCAAUAAUUUUUAAUCUAGUUUUUACAGAUUAGAACGAUUAAAUAAUAAUUCAUAAUUUUCAACUUUAGGAUUGUAAAUUCACAAAUUCUACUAUAUUUUUAUUCUAAAAUGCUCGAAGAAGCAUACAUAUCGAAAACUUUUCUAUUGAUUCCUGUGAAUUUUAUAAUUCAACAACAAUGCAUUUCAAUCAAACUUAGAAUCAGUUAUCUAACAUUAUUUUUACAGGAGUACUUAUCAAAAAUUCUUUAUUUAAUAAUUUAAAUCUUAUAUAUAGCAUUGACAAAACUGUUAUAACUAUUAGCAAUUUUUAAAUUCUUUCAAAUUAGAUAAUCAAUUCGAAAUUUAUCAUUUUUAAUUAUGACUUUUUUUGUAAUAAUAUUUUCAUGGAGGGAAACAAGUUAAUAUCAAUUUAAUUUAUUUCAUAGGUCUCAGUACUCUUAAAUUCAGCAAUUUAGAUGAAUAACAUUUAGAUUCUAGCAAAUACUGUAUAAAAUUUUUCUUUAUUUGUUACAGAAUAAAAAUAGUCAACAUCUUAAGUUAAUUAUUUAUUACAAAACUUUUAUUUUGAGGAUAAUAUUAUUUCUUGUGAUUAAGAGUAGUUUCUUAUAACAAUUAACAGUUUUAGUUUAAUAAUCAAAAAUAUCUUUCUAAGAAAUACUAAAAAUUAUCGUUUCAUCCCAUUAUAAGCGAUUCCAUUGAUAAUAAUUGAAAACAUCGUAUAUUAUAAUUUGCAUUAGGAAUAAAAAGUUUAAAUAUCACCUGAUUGUUUUAAAAAUUGUAUAAUUCAUUCAUAAUUACUGUAAGUUUCUGGAUUCAAGAAUAUAACUUUAAAUAAAAUUACAAUUAAAAAUUAGUUUAGCAUAGAUUAUUCAAUAAUUUCCAUAUAAUCUAAUCCUUUAACUAUGUUAAAUUCAAAUGAGUAUAUUUUCAUUAAAGAUGUGAAAGUGAAAGGAAACAUUUUAAUAAAAUAACAUUUAGGAAUAAUUUUUUCACUUGUCGAAUUGUAUUCUGAAAAAUCUUAACUUAUAAAGAUUGAUAAUUUAUAAUAUGAGUAGAAUAUCUUUCAUUAAUAUAAUAAAGAUCCAUCAAAAACUUCAGCCAGUCUUUUAUAUGUCAAUUCACCUUAGAGUUUCAUGUUGUUAACUAAUAUCAAUUGUUUUAAUAAUACUUUGACAAAUUCUGCUUAGUCAUAUUUUUCUCUAUUUUUAUUUGAAAUCUUAAUAGAUAAUAUUAAAGUUUCCAAUCAUAAUUAUAUUGAUUAAGAAUUAUGGAUUUAAUAACAUGAAAUUGAGUUAUAGGAGGAGUAUAAUUAAAAUGAAAUUACUUAGGUUAUUUCAUAAUCAUUCAAAAUUGAGAUUAUUGGAGGAGUUUUAUCAACAACAGUUUCUAAACUCACUAUUCUCAAUGGAGUAUUCAAUUAUAUAAUUGCUUUAAGUAGCCAAGUAUUUAAUAUCAAUACAUAAGGAGAUGGAAUAGUAAUUAUAAAAAACUGUACUAUUAUUCAUGCAUACAAUUUAUUAAUUUCCAAAGUUCAAAAUGAACAAUUCAUGGCAAGAAUAGUUUAUUAUUAAUCAAUCUUUAAAAUAUUACUUUAAUAAAUGUUUAAAAUAGACUAUCAUCAUCCAUUUUUUCAAAAUAUCCUUCAUCUGCAUAAAAUAACAUCUAAAUUAGAAAUAUAUUUGCUUAAGAUUGUUUCUCACUUGUUAAUUUAAAAAUGCCUAAUAAAAUAAAGUAAACAUCGAAAAUUUUAUGAUAAUUUAGAAUGAACAAGCUUUAAUGAUUUUCCUUUAAUCUCUUGGAUCAAUAAGUCUAAUUGAAAUUCAAAAAGUUAUAAGUGAUAAUGCAAUAAUGAAUUUCUAAGGAUGUGAAUUAUUGUUAAAUGGAAUACAAAUUGAAGGAAUCCUUUUAUUUUCUAUAAUUAAAGUCUUAGAUUCAAAAUUUAUUUCAUUAAUUAAUUGUAAAUUUAUAGAUGUUUUAACAUUCUACCCUUUGCAUCUAAUGGAUAUUUAAAAUAAUAAUAUUUAAUAAUCAAGAAUAUAUCUUAAUAAUAUCACAAUAUCAAAUUUAAAAGAUUUCACAUAAAUUUAAAAGAAUUUAAAAUCUUUUGAUUAGAAUCAUAUUGAAUUAGAAUUUUAUUAAUGUAGCUUAAAAAGUAAUUAUGUAGUCUAAAAGAUUCGUGGGGAAGAGUCUUUAUAAACCUUUUUUGAUGAUAUAAUUACUUAUUCGAAUUAAAAUGGUUCUUUGAUCAAAUUGAAGACUGUUACAAAUAAAACUAGAGUAUCAUUCUCAAAGGUUCUGUUAUUAAAUAAUAACUGUUAAUAUUGUCAGAAUGGUUUGCUUUUCUUUGAAUUGAAUAAUUUUGAGUAAUUUCAAAUAUCAGAAUUAUCAUGCAUUAAGAAUUCAAUAAAAGAUAUGGUUGUAUAUUGGCUAAAUCAAAUAUAAGAGUUGAAAACAUUUUAAUAAUUAAACAUUCUACUUUUAUUUCUAACAAAGGAAGAUUGGGAUCAGGAAUUUUAGUCUAAAAUUUAAGAGUAGAAAUAUCAAAUUCAAAAAUUAUAAAUAAUUUUGCUGCUUUUAGAGGAGGUGGAUUCUAUUUUGAAGAAGGUACUUCAAGAUUUAUUAUUAAAUCUACUAUAAUCAUUAAUAAUUCAGCAGAAGAAGCAGGAGGUAUUUAUUUAGGUGGAAAUAGUAGUUUAAAUACAAAUAAUUUUAUGUAGUCUCUACUCUUAUUUAAUAUUGCUAAAUUGGCUUCAAAUAAUAUUAAUGAAUUACCAAGUUUUAGAAUAUUAAUCUUAUAUAACUGAAUUUACAAUAAAAUUUAAGAAUAGUUUGAAUGAACAACAAAUAAACUUUCUAAAUUCCACUUGCAAUGUACAAUAAUUAAUUUUUGAUAUUACAUCUUAAAAAGUAAUUGAAUUAAUUACAAUAUCAACAAUAAGCUUUGAUCAAAAAACUAAGAGCUUUAAUUUAGGUUCAUUAUAAUUUAAUAUGGAUCCAUACAACCAGGAAGAUCAAAAUAUAUAUGAAAUUUUAAUUUUCUGUAAAACAGAAUAUCAAUAGGAAAGCUUGGCUUAUAGAAUAAAAGUUAAAAGCUUUUUAUGACAAUUAGGUGAAUUUUAUAUUUCUUAUGGAUGCCAAAAAUGUUAAUCAGAAUAAGGAUUCUAUUCAGUGACUUAUAAUAGUACAAAAUAUUCACUUUUUGAUAAAAAUAAAUUUGAAGCCAUUACAUCUAAUAAAAUAAAAUUAAAGGCUGGAUUUUGGAGGUCGAGUUAUAUUACAGAAAAUGUAGAAUUAUGUUAUAAAAAUCCAAGUCAUUGUUGAGGAGGAUGGAUUGUAGGUGAUGACCUUUGCUUUAAUGGUCAUAUAGGAGCAUUGUGUGAAGAAUGUGAUAGAUAUAAUUUAAGAGGAGAUGGGUAAUUCUUUAAAAACUAGUAAUAAUUGGAUUGUUAAUAAUGUGAUGAGCUUUCAAAGAGAUUAAUAGCCUUUUUCUUAGUAUCAAUUUGGUAUAAAUGAUUAAUAUUUUUUAGGGCUCUUCUUUCAACACUAAUAACUAUUAGCAGUAUUGAAUAAACAAAUUAAUUAUAUGCAUAGCUUAAGCUUAGGUAAAAUUAAAAAUUUGCAGAAAUUUUAUUCAAACUCGAACAAGGUAUUAUAAAAUAUACAUUUUAGAUCAUGAAAGUAUUUUACUUAAACUAUUUCUUAAUUAUUUACGGAUUUUUUCACUUAUCUUUACAUUUAAUAUUAAUUUCUCACUAUCUUUAAACAUUGUAAAACCAUCAAAUGAUUCUUCAUAUUUUAUGGCUAAUUUUUUUGAAUGUCUGGUGGCGGAAAUAUAAGGGAUAGAUUUAAUUUACAGUAGAAUAUUAGUAAUGUUUGGAAUUAUUGUCUGUUAGAUAUUGAUUAUUUUUAUUGGAUUUUAAUUAAUAUCAAUUCUAAAAAACUAAAAAUUUUAGAGUAGAAUCAUUUCAAUUACUUCAUUAUAUUUGUAUAUUUAAAAUUAUGCAUCCUUGAUAAAUCAGUAAAAAAUUAUUAUUAUUAAAGAUAUUUUUCAAUACUGGCAGUUAGAAGAAUAUCAGAUUUGGAUUACAUACAAGGUGAUGUAUCUAUGAUUUAUGGAUCGUCAAGUCAUCUCACUUGGAUUUAUUGGUUUGUAAUACCUGGAUCCUUAUUAAUAGGAUUAAUUCUACCCUUAACAUUAUUUUUACUUAUGUACAUAAAUAAAGAUUAGCAUAAAAAAAUAAAUUUUAGAAGACAUAUAGGAUAUUUAUUUAAUGAAUAUACUCAAAAGAACUAUUUUUGGGAGAUUAUCAAAUUAUGGAAGAAAACAAUUAUUAUAAUUAUUCUAAUCUAUUUUGAAACUGAUAUAAUUUUGAAAGCAUUAUUGCUAGACCUUUGCAUAUUGAUUUACACAAUAAUUGCACAAAGUUUUAAACCAUACAUUCUGCAUAAGUUUAACUUAUUAGACAUCAAAAGCGGACAGUUUUGCUAGAUUGCUAUAAUAUUAGCAGCUGUUAAACAUUUAUAUGAAUAAUAAGAGAAAUAAAAUAUUUCAUCUAUCAUUCAAUCCUUUAUUAUUUUAAAUAGCAUUAUCUUAAGUUACCCAUUUAUAAUGAAUAUUCUCUAAAUUUAUUAUAAAAAAUAUAAGUUUCAAAUAUUAUCAUUGUUAUUAAAAGGAUUUCAAAUUUUGAGACCUAAUUUUGUUAUUACAAAAUUACUUAAAAGAAAAUUAAUAUUUUUGAGAUAAAAACAAAACAAAAGUAAAGUUAAUAUUGAAAAAUUGAAAUCAAUUCUAUUUUCAAGCAAUUCAAAAUUUUAUUUGUAAUAUCAUGAUUUUUUUUAGACGAAAAAGUUCUAUUUCAUUAAUGAAUUCAGACAGAGGAUAACGAAUAUUGCUUAAAACCGUAGAAUCUUAAUUAGAAAGAAUAAUUUGA